AUGAAAGGAACACAAGAGGACCCACAUAAAGACUACACAGUGACAAGGAACACAAGAAGACUCAACAAACUACAGAGUGACAAGGAACACAAGAAGACUCACACAAGACUACACAGUAACACGGAACACAAGAAGACCCACACAAGACUACACAGUGACAAGGAACACAAGAAGACUCACACAAGACUACACAGUGACAAGGAACUCAAGAGGACCCACAUAAGACUACACAUGAAAGGAACACAAAGAAGACUCACACACUACAGAGUGACAAGGAACACAAGAAGACUCACACAAGACUACACAGUAACACGGAACACAAGAAGACCCACACAAAGACUACACAGCAACACAAGGACCCACACAAGACAACACAUGACAAGGAACACAAAGAAGAAGAUCACAGAAAUGAAACACAAAGACCCACACAGACACAGUGACAAGGAACACAAGAAGACCCACACAAGACUACACAAGGAACACAAGAAGACUCACACAAGACUACACAGUGACAAGGAACCCAGAGAACCCAACAUAAGACUACACAGGACAAAGACCCACACAAGACUACAGAGAGACAAAACACAAGAAGACUCACACAAGACUAAGUAA